ACCAGGUGACAACUUGUCUUCGUUACAAGAAAAUAAAGAUCGCACUCAAAGAAGUCCGAACGCAGCCCCCAACAGACCAUCUUCCCACAGUAAAGAUGGCGGCCCCCUGGGUGUGAACUGCAGGCGAUACAACUUCCGCGUUUCUCCGGCGCCCUCGUCCAAGAUGGCGGACGAGGCUACCAGGCGUGUGGUGUCUGAGAUCCCGGUGCUGAAGACUAACGCCGGACCUCGAGAUCGUGAGUUGUGGGUGCAGCGACUCAAAGAGGAAUAUCAGUCUCUUAUCCGGUACGUGGAGAACAACAAGAAUGCUGACAAUGAUUGGUUCCGCCUGGAGUCCAACAAGGAAGGGACUCGGUGGUUUGGAAAAUGCUGGUACAUCCAUGACCUGCUCAAAUAUGAGUUUGACAUUGAGUUUGACAUUCCUAUCACAUAUCCCACUACUGCUCCCGAAAUUGCAGUUCCUGAACUGGAUGGGAAAACAGCCAAGAUGUACAGGGGUGGCAAAAUAUGCCUGACUGAUCACUUUAAGCCUUUGUGGGCCAGGAACGUGCCCAAGUUUGGACUAGCUCACCUCAUGGCUCUGGGGCUGGGUCCAUGGCUGGCAGUGGAAAUCCCCGAUCUCAUUCAGAAGGGCGUGAUUCAGCAUAAAGAGAAAUGCAACCAAUGAAGGAUCAAGCCACCGAGGCAGGACGGAGGGACCUUUGACAGGCUACGUUCUGUUCUGUUCUGUGCCUGUUUCCUGUGCAGCACUCCUACUCAUCCAACUGCUUUCCCCCAUAUCCCUCCACCCAUAAUUGUUACUAAGUAGCCACAUCAGGCAUUGCUGAAAAAACAACAGUAUAGCCGCUGAAUUUCUAAGGCUACACAGGAAAGGGAAAGACUGGGACUUUGGAAAACCAAGGCAAUUUAUAUCCCCUUUCCCCAGUGGGGCAAUGUGACAUCCAGGAAGGAUGGGAGGCAGGCUGGAAAGUGGGUGCGCGGUGUUCUUGGUUUCUGGAGAUAACUCAUCAAUAAAAGCUGCUGCCUCUGA